ACUGAAGUGAGCACUGCUGAGGACUCACCAAAAGAAUGUUACAUGAUCAACAAUGAGUGCUCUAGUCUUGUGAAACCACCCAAAAAUGGAAGGCAGUUCUUCAGAGAUUGGAUGGCGUGAUCUGUCCUGUGAAAAGUGGACAGAAUCUCAUGUGAACUCCUGGUUGAAAUGCAUUGGAAUAAAAGAAAAUUACAUAAUUAAAAUGCAAGAGGAGGAGGUAACAGGACCAGUUCUCACAACUCUACAGAGGGAGUUCCUCAGCACCACAAUUGAAAUGAAAAGUGGCCAAAUUGAACUCCUACUGAACAAACGAGAUGAACUUUUAAAAUCUAAACCAAACAAACUAAAAAAAGGAAGUGAUUUAGGUGAAAAGGAGAGGGACAUUGUAAAAGGAAAACUAUUCAACCCUGGCCAAGAACCAAACCCCCUUUCACAAAAACCUUGUGAAGGAGCAGAAGGGGACAGUAGCCCUACGGAGCUGGAUGAUAACUUAACUUCUACAGAAGGAUCGUUCUGUGCCUUUCGUAACUUUGACCAGCAUGAAGAAAACUGCAGAUAUAUCAAACACAAUGUCCUACCUCCAGAAACAGGAAUUGAAAACAUGAUUGAUCCAUGUCAUGAAUAUAAGUCCCUGGAGAUUGCACACAAACUAGACCCAGAAAGACUCAAAUCAAAGGUAGCAAGUGAGGUGUUAAGAUUUGCAUGUGCGUGCAUGAAUAUGCGAAGCAAUGGGACCAUUCAUUUUGGGAUUAUGGAUAAAAUAAGAGGUAAACAUCGGCAUGGUGAAAUCAUAGGGGUUCCUGUCAGUCGAGAGGAUUUUGUCAAUGCACUAGACUACAUUGAAAGAUGCUUUAAAGGGUCAGAUCAACAAUGCGACGCCAGGAGUUGCAUAAGUGACCCCCGAUUCAUUGAGGUCCUUGACAAGGAAACUAGUGAGAAAACAUGGGUCAUUGAGUAUGAUGUUGUCCCAAAGGCAAGCAUUGUGAAAGACAAGCUUUUCUCUGUUGGUCUCCCAAAAUUCUCUGAGAAGGCCAAAAAAAUCAAACUUGAAGAGAAAGUUCCUUAUCAGAGAGUCGGAGCUAACACACCACGCAUACUAGAUGAUGACCUUGUUCUUUUCAUUCAAAGACUCAAGGAGAAAGACCAACAGAGAGAAGAGGCAGAAUCUUCAAGCAAUCAAACAACUGUUGAAUGUGAAGAAGAUCAAAAGAGGAAACUCUCCAUCCUCUUAACAUGUGGGAACAUGCAUAUGGACGACUCCAUGUUCUACAUCAUAGUGACCAACAAAUUUCACACCGAGCAUCUCAGCCACAUGAGCUUCUUGCUAAACAUGAAUAUCUUCUGUGUGUUUGAUUUUGACCCUGAUUCCAAAGAAUCUGGUCUUUGUGGUAGAUACAAGGAGCAGAAGGCUGUAAACCUUCACUUUCUUGAUGACUACGCAAAUAAUGAUCGAUUAAAACAUUCUGACUUUGUUGAUUCGUUGCAGCUUUUUGAGAGACCAAGCUGGAUGUUUUGCAAUGGAAGAAAUAACUUUCCCGGAGGAGAGAAACCCUGUGAUGAAAAGGUGUGGAUCAAAACAAGAAAGAAGAAACUGAUAAAGGCAGUAUCUCUCAUCUGCAAUGACAUCCUUCCCAGGCAGUCAUUUGUAGUCCUCUUCCUGCUCAUGUCUGAUAUUGAGCAGCCACUUGUUGAGACUUUCCAUCAAUUCUUUGCAGAGAUGGAGGGAAAGGAUAAUUUGACAGUAAUAUCUGAGUCAAAGAAAAACUAUGAAAAAUGGGCAAGUCUUGUGCAGGUGUCUUGUGACAUGUCUUCACUCAAAGAAAUCAGCAUUGUUGAAAUGCCACUGAGUCAUGUGGACGCCACAGUUCAAAGCAUUCAGCUCUCAAAGAAUCAACCCACCAGGACAUUACCUGUCUUUAACGGAGCACUUUGCUUCUUAAAGUCAGUUGAAGAGGCUAUGUUAGAUUCUUUGGAAAUCAUCAGUGUUGACCAAUGUGAUGAUACAAAUGUGGAUAUCAUGAGUGAGGAAGAAAUCCAACAAAUUGAGAGAAACUUCUAUCAUGGUGGAAAGAUAAAGUGGAAGAAUUUCUGGCUGUCUGACAAACAAAAGUGUGGAAAUAUCAUAAAGAGGGAUGCCUACAGUGAAACAAGCACAAUACUGGACAGGAUUAAACAGCGUCACAAGGCCGAACGUCCCAUUGAGAGUGUGAACAUAUAUCAUCAACCUGGCAGUGGUGGAAGUACAGUGGCAAGACAGAUCCUCUGGAGUUGGAGAAAGAAAGUGCGAUGUGCAGUGGUUAAACAGAGUAAGGACAUCACAACUGUGUGUAAACAUGCAGUGAAACUGAGAGAACAUGACAAGGGAGACAAAGACAACUGUUUGCCAGUGCUCUUGCUCUGCGAGGACCGCAAUGCAGAUUACAUAGAUGAUCUCAGGCGGGAACUUGGAAAUGUCAUUGCACCCCAAAAAAAAAAUCCUUCUGUGUUGUGCUUUAUCCUCCUUAUUUGCAACAGGUCAAACCAACCAGAAAAAAUGUGCAGAAAAUCAUCAUCACAAACAGUGGCAGUCAGACAUCAGUUUACAAAUAGAGAGAAGCCUUUGUUCUCAGAUAAACUUGAGCACCUCAAGCUGGAGUUUGAACCAAACUUCAUCCUCACAUUUGUGCUGUGGAACGAAGGGUUCAAUAAAAGUUACAUUGAAGAUUUUGUGAAAAACCUUCUACUUAAAAUUGAUCAUUCAUCACUCACCACUCGCCUCAUCAGAUUUGUGGCUCUCUUGAACUACUAUGUUGAAGACUCUUACCUAUCUGUAUCACACUGCGAGGCAUCUCUUGGCAUAGCUAUCCAUGUUGAGAGAGCUAAGUACCAUGCCUUUGUGGAUCAGCUCAGUGAUGAAGCUCGGAUUAUUUUCAUCCACCUUAAUGAUGAAUCAUCAACACACAUCUCAUCAAUAAGGAUUAUUCAUCGAAAGUUGGCGGAGGAACUUCUGACUCAGCUGUCUGCAAAUGUUCCUCAGAGUGAUAUUGCCAUGGAUCUCAUCACUGACAAAGUACUUAUGAAUCAUACGAUUGCCAGAGACGAGUUGCUGAAGUUCAUCAGAGAUCUUUUAAUCAAACGCAGUAAAAAGAGCAGAGGUGAUUCUGUAGACACAGCUUUGUCACCCCUUAUUGAGCAUAUCAGCAACGAAGAGGGUGGUGUACAGAAAGCUGUUGAUCUCAUGAAAGCUGCUUACCUCGCUUUGGGUCAAGAUGCAUAUGUUGCACAUCAGCUUGCCCGGCUGCUUUACACAAAGUUCAGAUUUGAAGAGGCCCUUGAAUGGGCAGAGGAAGCAAAAUCUCUUCUUCCACUUGAUCCAGUUAUCCUUGAUACUUUAGGACAAGUUUACAAGAGGUGGUUUUACCACUUGGUUGACACUUGUAGGACACCAUCCCCUGAAAGCGACAUUAAAAUCAUAAGCACUGCCCUCAAAGGAAUCUCUGCCUUCCGGGCCUCCGAGAAAUCAUUAACGAAAGAGGCUGUCAACCGUUGUUCGUACUACGGGGAAGUAGAUGUUGGCUGCAGGCUGCUAAAAUUCCUGUCAGAAGUCAAUGUUUUUUCAAACAAUACUGGAAAAUCAGAGUUGAUGCAGUACUUGUUAACAGACUACAUACCAGAAGAUGUAAAAAAAACCUGGCAGGGGUUUCAUCCUCAGUUGAAAGGAUUACAAAAGAGCUUAUGCAAUACACUUGAGUGCAUUUCAGAAGACCUCAGCUACUUUCAAUCCGACAUUAGCGAAGAGGAUGAAGAGCUUGAUGCGAGGGAUCCAGAACAAGUGCACAAUCCAAAAAAAUGGCUGAGAAGGAAGAGUGCUGUUUAUGCUGAAUUCUUUUCAGACAUUGGCUGUCAAGCUGAAGGGCUUUCUCCAUUACAAAGACAGAUGAGGAUCUACCAGCUUGGUGGAGGACAUUUUACAUCCAUCCUCUCAUUGCUUUUUGACAAGGACCCACAGAGGACAGGAAAAACACUUGAGACAAUUAUUGAAAUGUACCCAGAAAACCUGACAAGUUAUAGCUUGGAACCAACAGAACUUGCAAACUAUAUUGUUUGCCAGAUAGCUCUUAAAUGUACUCUACCUGGGUCCUCAAAGCUCCUGUCCCUUGACAAACUUCAAAAUCUCAGCAAGAGAUUUAAUACCAAGGGGAAAAACAUGUCAGGUCCAAGUGCCCUCUUCCUUCUCUCCCUUCUGUUUUGGCCUGAAUCUGGCAAUGAACUCAGUUCUGCUGAUGCUCAGCUCCUUUUAUCAUCCAUUAAUGCACUGCAGAGACUCUUUGAGCAAAAAAGCCUUAAUACUCGUCGGAGGAAACCGUUGACCCACUUCUUUCUGGCAAAGCCAAAAGGUCUUAACAAGUUUGUACACAAAACGGCUAUCGAAGCACUGGUCAAAGGCACUCAAAGUGAACGAAACCGGAAAUGGCUUGGAGGAGAAGUAUGGAAAAACAAGGAAGUUAUGAAACUACUGCAACGUGUUGAAGGAUGGACAGAAAAUGGAAGGUUGUUUGUGAAAGGUGGAACCAGAGACAGCAAAAUCAGGGUCCAUCCUCAACAUUCUGCUUCCUUGCCAAAGGGAAAUGAACAAGUUACCUUCUACUUGGGCUUUUCAUUCGAUGGAGUUGUUGCCAGUGACAUCCAAUAAAUGGAAUAAUGCUCACAAUGUUAAUCUGUAAAUAUCGGUCCAGUCUUGUGACACAUUGUUGUGUGGGGGAAAUGUCUGAAGCAAUUGGAAACAGGACUCAGAGAGACACAAGGAGAGCUGGAGCUUUGAUGGCAAACACUGACGGUUUAUUUGGAGCUUCGGCCGGAGAAUUCACAAGACAUGUCACGAGCCACAAGUUGACACAGGUUGAGAUGCCAAACCAAUUCUGAAGAACUCUUCUUUAGUUCGAAUAAAAGAUUUUAUUUUUCAAAUUCGGAAAACAAGAGAAAGGUUGAGUCUUAAACCGAUUUAAGUAGUAUUUAGGGGAUUUUUAUAUAUUUUUUUUCCAUUUCAUUAUUUUAAACAUUAUUAUGUUUUGAUUUUAAUACUUUUUUGUUUUUUUAAUGAUCUAAAAAGAGCAAAUGAAUUGUACCAUAAGGUCUGCCUUGUGUCUUUGUACAAUAAAAAGCAGACAAUCCCACGAGGAGAUGGCUUGCAAAUGUGAGAUUUUAAGAUUAAGGCAAUACAGUUGUACAUAACAUGUAAACAUAUUUCAUACUCAGAAUUUAUCAAGCAUUUUUGUUUUCUAAUACAUUUUUUCAUUUUAGCACUUGCCCUUAAUGUAUUGUCUUUCUGUUCAUUAUGUAAUUUCAUCUUGAAAUGUAGAAGUGCUUUUUACUUUUUAUGUCAUGUUAAAACAUGAAAACAAAGCCUUAUGUUCUCUGUAUCUAAUAAUGGAAGGAUACAGGUUAAAAAGCAAAUAAGAGAUCAAUGGGAUGUAUGAUAUAUCUGUUCUUGACAUGCCGGAAGAUGUGUAACACGAACCAAACCAUAGCCUUUACUCAUUGUUCUGCAAGUUGCUGGACACUGAGAUCCAACAAGAAAGCUGUACGGGUAUUUCUAUAUAUAUUUUUUCCAUUUCAUUAUUUUGAACAUUUUUUGUUUUUUUAAUGAUCUAAAAAGAGCAAAUUACUCGUACCACAAAGUCUGCCUUGUGUCUCUGUACAAUAAAAAGCAGACAAUCCCACGAGGAGAUGGCUUGCAAAUGUGAGAUUUUAAGAUCAGGGCAAUACAGUUGUACAUAACAUGUAAACAUAUUUCAUACUCAGAAUUUAUCAAGCAUUUUUGUUUUCUAAUACAUUUUUUCAUUUUAGCACUUGCCCUUAAUGUAUUGUCUUUCUGUUCAUUAUGUAAUUUCAUCUUGAAAUGUAGAAGUGCUCUUUACUUUUUAUGUCAUGUUAAAACAUGAAAAAACAUCCUUAUGUUCUCUGUAUCUAAUAAUGGAAGGAUACAGGUCAAAAAGCAAAUAAGAGAUCAAUGGGAUGUAUGAUACAUCUUUUCUUGACCUGCCUGAAGGUGUGUAACACGAACCAAACCAUAGCCUUUACUCAUUGUUCUGCAAGUUGCUGGACACUGAGAUCCAACAAGUAAGCUGUACACGCCCUUAUGAAUGAGAAGACUGAAAAGGGUUGAAAAAGGGCUACAAUAUGAGAGUUAUUUAACUUUUCACUGAAAAUAACGUUUUUGUUUUUGCAUUGGCAAUUGAUAGAUUGUUAAUACUGUAUGCAUAUACCUAUAGGCAAUGUUUCAUAUGCAAUAAUGCUUCCUGUGUCAUGGCUAGGGUCUGAUUGUCAAAAUGUGACUUCAGACAAUUAUUGAGCUCAUCAGUUACUGCAUGAAACAAGAAAUAAAGUUGUUGUUCAAAAACAUGA